CAAAUAAUUUGAGGUAUACGCUCCUUGAGAUGCGAUGCGAUCCACUAUAAGUGGUAUCAUAGGACUGUCCUUCUCGUUCUCAGUCGGAGUACUCUUACUUUCCCUUGGCUGUGCUCUCUAUCACAACUGGUGGCCUGCGUUUGUUGUGAUAUUCUACAUAUUAGCUCCCAUACCGUACAGUUUAACUCAACGGUACAGCGAGACUUCCUACUCUGGCUCUAACUGUGGUCUUGAAGUUGCCCUCUUUCUUACCUCUGUUCUUGUUAUCUCAGCUUACGGUUUUGUGGUCGUCCUCGCACAUCAUCAAACUAUCGCCCGAGGAGCUCUCUGGCUAUUGAUUGGUGCUGACACUGUUAUGUUCAGUACCAUCCUUGCUUAUUUCAUACUAUUCAACGACGACGACGACUUUUCGUACUAA